GGAAGAGAUAAAGCACAAUUAACAGCAUUAAAAUUGCAGCCUCUAUCACCACCCCUAUUGUGGAAAGGGUCCUGGCUGUAAAAGCAUGAAAAUGCAUCCUCCUGGGUUGCUGGUUUUCUUCUUAGCAGCUUGCUUCACUCCCACAGCUGACUGCCAGAGUCAGAAGUUGAAAUCCAUGCAAUGCAAUAUCAAGACAAAGUUUACCUCGAAUACAGAGUGCAGUCCUUGUGCUGUGGUAUCUAAAAUGUCGUGUCCAAGAGGCUGGUUAAAGACCACCCAAGGAUUAGGAGUGAGGGACUGCAGAUACACUGUCAAGUUAGGAGAAAACACCCUUUCCUUGCCAGGCUGCCGUCACGUGUGUCAGAAGGAAAUUGAGGAGAAAAAGUGCUGUCCAGGAUUCUGGGGUACAGAGUGCUAUGAGUGUCCAGGUGGCUCUCAAAAUCCCUGCAAUGGCCAUGGGACAUGCUUGGAUGGGAUACAGCAAAAUGGGACCUGCAUCUGCAAGGAGCAAUACAGUGGUUUUGCCUGCCAGAAUUGUCGAGAUGAAAAUCGUUUCGGCCCAGACUGUCAGUCAGUGUGUGACUGUGUGCACGGGGAAUGCAACAGCGGUGUCACUGGGAAUGGGAGCUGCACGUGCUACGGAGGCUACGCUGGCCCCAGGUGUGACCAAGAACUUCCCCUUUGCAAAGACAUCACAUGUGAGGCCAACAGCGAAUGCGUGAUAAGGGAUGGGACAGCGAUGUGUGACUGCAAGCUGGGCUACAUGAAAAAUGGGAGCACUUGCCAAGUUCAGGAUUCCUGUGCCUCUUCUCCGUGCUCCGUCUUCGCCGUAUGCAAGGUUCUUGGGCCACAAAAGUAUCAAUGUACAUGCAAAGAGGGAUAUCAAGGAGAUGGGGAGAUUUGCCAGCCCAUAAACCCUUGUGUUGACAGCAAUGGAGGCUGCCCAGAAAACUCCACAGUUUGUGUUUACAGACAUCCAGGAGAGACAACUUGUGUCUGCAAGCCUGGGAUGAGUAGGAGAAGUCCUUCAUCUGAGUGCUCUGUGUUUCCCAUCAGCUGCUCGCAUUAUUAUUGUGGCGUGACUGCCACGUGUGCAAUGAAUUCCCAGGGGACUCCUAGCUGUGUGUGUAAAGAAGGGGAGAUUGGAGAUGGGAGAAAUUGCUAUAGAGAUCUCUUGAGUGAGAUAAACGAGCAUAAUUCCCGAGGAAGAUUUAUCAAGAAACUAAACGUCGCCAGGAAAAUGUUUGCUUCUGGUUGCUCGGUGUUGCUGACUAAAUAUGGACCUUUCACAGUCUUUGUACCAUACCUUCCUCUGAUUGAAGACAGAAUGGAGUUUAAUGAUACCAUCGCUGAGCAGCUGUGCAGGAUGCACAUUGUUCCUGGUCUGCAUUUGAUAGAAGACAUACUAAAAGCCAAGACUCUGUGGACCUUGUCAGGACAUGAGCUAACGUUCAGUAGCCAGGCAAACAUCAAAACGUUUCGAUACCAAGACCUGCCGGGGGAACAGUACGAUGUUCUGCUUUACAACCUGCCAGCAACCAAUGGCAUCAUACACAUCAUUAACACCCUGAGGAAGAAACCCAGCUCUGACAACCUCAGAAACACACAGAAAACCAUUGGUGAGAUCCUUGCUUCAAAUGAGAUCUUCAGUAGAUUUGAAACGAUACUGGAGAACUGUGGCCUGCCUGCAAUCCUGGAUGGCCCAGGCCCUUUUACUGUAUUUGUACCCAGCAAUGAUGGUGUGGAUAAGUUGAGAGAUGGAAGGCUCAUUUAUCUUUUCACAGAGGGCAUAAAUAAGCUUCAGGAACUUGUCAAACAUCACAUCUACACUUCAGCAGCGGUGACUGUAGAGAAGCUGAUGAUGAUGCCACGCAUUGUUACUAUGGCUAACCAGAUACUUACCAUCAGUAUCAAUGCAGAUGGAAGAAUUCUGAUGGAUGAAUCAGGGAUCCCCUUAAAGAUGCGAGACAUUGUGGCUUCAAAUGGUAUUAUUCAUACUGUGGAUGGCAUCUUCAUCCCUCCUUCAAUAAUUCCCAUUUUGCCUCACAGAUGCAAUGAAGAGCAACAUGAAAUUGUGACGGGCUCUUGUGUGGAUUGUGAGACUCUCAACAACAGUGUUUGCCCACCUGGCAGCAGAGAAAUGGAAUCAACUCUCUUGCCAAAAGAAUGUGUCUACAUCCAUGACCCACAAGGCCUGAAUGUCCCAAAGAAGGGGUGCGCCAGGUACUGCAACCAAACCAUCAUGAAACCUGGAUGCUGCAAAGGAUUUUUUGGUCCAGAUUGCAUGCCGUGCCCAGGGGGAUUUUCCAGUCCAUGCUAUGGCCAGGGAAAUUGCAGUGAUGGCAUCCAAGGGAAUGGCAGCUGUCACUGCUUCGAAGGUUUCAAAGGCAUAGCCUGCCACAUCUGUUCAGACCCAAACAAGCACGGCGAGAACUGUGACGAAGAUUGUGGCUGUGUCCAUGGCAUCUGUGACAACAGGCCUGGCAGUGGCGGUGUGUGUCAGUCCUGGUCCUGCAAGGAAGGCUAUACUGGGAAAUUCUGUGACAAGACAUCCAAGAACUGUGGCCCGAGCGGGCUGUCCCAGUACUGCCACCAGAACGCUGUCUGCAGCCUCAAUGACACAGCAAGGUGCAUCUGCAUGGAUGGGUAUGAAGGUGAUGGGUUUUCCUGCCAGCCCAUCGACCUGUGCAGUCAGCCAGAACGAGGAGGCUGUUCACAGAAUGCACUGUGCACCAGUACAGGACCCGGCACUGCCAGCUGCCAGUGCCACACGGGCUGGACUGGGGAUGGGAAGAUCUGUGUGGCCAUAGACAACUGCAUGCUGGAGAGCAGGGGCCAGUGCCACAACAAUGCCAACUGCCUUUACAUCGGCCCUGGCCAGAGCAAGUGUGUCUGCAAGAGGGGUUAUGCUGGUGAUGGCUACAACUGCGAUGCAAUCAAUCCAUGCCUCAUGGACAACGGUGGCUGCCAUGACUUGGCGGUGUGUGUACCCCUUGGUGGAGGAGACAGAUCCUGCUCAUGCCCUGAAGGCUUCAUUGGGGAUGGCAUGACAUGCUAUGGGGAUGUUCUAAAAGAGCUGGCCGGGAAUUCCCAAUUCGCAGGCUUCUACGACUGGGUUAAGAAAUCUCUCUUCAGCAUCCCAGCAGGAACCAAUGUCACCGUCCUGGUGCCGUCAGAGGCAUCUAUCAAAAACUUGAGCAAGACUGAAAAAGAUUUCUGGUUGACCCCCUCCAUGUUGCCAUUUUUAGUCAGGGCCCACUUUCUCGAAGGCAUCUUCACUGGUGAAAAGCUCCAAAAGUAUGACAGGCCAGAAUUACCCACCCUCAACCCACAGACCAGAUGGCAGAUAAACACCCAGAGAGGCAUAGUGACCAUCCAGAACGCCAGUAUCGUCGUCAGCGACAUCCCCGCCAGCAACGGCGUUCUGCAUGUCCUCAGUCAGGUUUUGUUGCCUUCAGAAGAUAUCCCACCAAGUCCUCCAGGUCUGCAAAAACAGCUCGAGACAGUUGCCUCAUUCAGCAUAUUCAGGGAGUUGCUAGAGGAAUACCAGCUCAUUGGGAAAAUUGAGUCCUCUGAAAGAUACACAGUCUUUGUUCCUGGAAAUAAUUCCAUUGAGGAGUACUGCCGUGCUGCCAACGUGACACAGUUGGACAAGGAGACAGUGCAGUACCACGUUGUACUGGGAGAGAAGCUCUUGCCUAUGGACUUGAGAAGUGGAAUUCAUAAGAACAGCAUGUUAGGGCUUGCCUACUGGCUAAUGUUUUAUCAAAACAGCACUCAGAAGUUUGUCAAUAAUAUUCCUUUGGAUGGAAAGUUUCUGGAGACAAAGAAUGGCAUGCUGAUUGGAGUCUCACAGGUCCUCCAGAUACAGAAGAAUCGUUGCACUGCCAAUACCACCACCAUACAAAAGUCAAGAUGCAGCAAGUGUGAGAAGGGGAUCAAGUGUCCUCCUGGAUCAGUUCUUAUGGAGUUGCCAGGAAGCAAGAAUCUCGCUCGCUGUGAGCUGCGCUCUGGCGGUGCAGGAAUACUUGGCUGCCAGUUCACCUGUGUAAAAGUUUCUCUGAGAUCCGUGUGCUGCCCCGGCUACUACGGACACAUGUGUGAGAUGUGCCCAGGGCCGCCGGGCCGCUGGUGCUCUGGGCACGGGGAGUGCCAGGACGGCAUGGAGGGCAGCGGGGAGUGCCGGUGCCUGGAGGGAUUCCACGGCACCGCCUGUGAAAUGUGUGAAGUGGGCCGGUACGGAGCGGACUGCAAAGCAGAAUGUGCCUGUGACAACGGCAUCUGCCACGACGGCCUGCAAGGGGAUGGGAGCUGCCGGUGCUUCCCGGGCUGGCAGGGCCCCACCUGCCAAGAAAGGAUCAAGAUUGACCUGUGCAAUAACACUUGCCAUCAAAUGGCCAACUGCCUCAAUAGUUCCACAGAUUCCUCACCUAAGUGCUUCUGCUCUGCUGGAUACACAGGGAAUGGGACCCAUUGCACAGAGAUAGAUCCCUGCACCAUUGAUCAUGGUGGCUGCUCCUUACAUGCUGUGUGUACUAAAGUGUCCCCAGGAGAGAGAACCUGUGUUUGUAAGGAAGGUUACACUGGUGAUGGGACUCUCUGCAUGGAAAUUGAUCUCUGUCUCGAAAGCAACGGGGGCUGCCACACCAACGCUGAGUGCAUCAAAACAGGCCCAAGGAAGGUUGCCUGCAACUGUCUCCCAGGUUACAGCGGGGACGGUGUGAGCCAUUGCAACCCCAUCAACUUGUGUGAACAGAACAACGGAGGCUGUAGUCCUUUUGGGAUCUGCAAGUACACAGGCCCUGGCACUCGAAACUGCUCCUGCUCUUGGCACAGUGUUGGAGAUGGCUUCACCUGCCGUGGCAAAGUGUAUCAGGAGCUUGGAAGGAUUGAAGAUGCAUCCAUGUUCUUUAAGAUGUUACAGGCAGAUAACAUCAAGGAGCUCAGUGGGGCAGGGCCUUUCACUGUCUUCAUCCCACAGACAGGUUCCAUAAGAAACACAACAACAUUUGAAGAGUGGAGGAGCAGACAUCUCCUCCGGGACCUGCUUCGCUACCACAUGGUGGGUUGCCAGAAACUGCUGUCCAGCGACCUGGAAGCCCAGGAGUCCCUUACAUCUUUAUCUGGCUACAAAAUAAAGAUCACAGUGAAAGAGAAUAGCAUCUAUCUUAAUGGGGAUGCCAAAGUGGUCGUGAGUGACAUCGUUGGUGUGAAUGGGAUCAUUCAUUUCAUCGACAAGAUCCUCAUCCCAAGCGACCUGCUGCAUGGGAACAUCUCAAAGACCUCUCGGCAAAAUAUCACAGAUGUGGCAGAGGCCUUUGGAUACACCAUUUACAGCCAGCUGCUGCAGGAUGCAGAGCUGCUUCCCCUGAUUAGUGACCCCCUGCACAGACCCUUCACCAUGCUGUGGCCCACAGAUGCUGCAUUUAAUGCCCUCCCAGAAGAAAGGCAGAAGUGGCUGUACCGCAGGGAGCACCGGGACGUGCUGGCCUCCUACCUCAAAGCACACAUGAUCAGGGACACAAAGAUCGUUGCUGGCAAUGUGCCCCAAGUCAAAUCCAUACGGACCAUGCACGGCUCCAUUGUCUCAUUCAGCUGCAGCAAAACACACGUGGGGGAGCUUCUGGUGGGGAACAGCGAUGCCACCAUCAUCGAGAGGCACAUGGAAUUCAAUGGGGGCAUUGCCCACGGCAUCGACAGGCUGUUGGAGCCACCGGAUCUGGGAUCUCGGUGCGAUGAGUUAAUCUUUGCAGAGCUGCAGAGAUCUUCAGUGAGCUGCGGACUCUGUGGCUUCGAGCCACCCUGCCCUGCUGGCUCCGUUCAACGGGGGGAAUCCAAGAGCUGCCAGUACUACGGGAACCAGCUGCUGAGAAACACUUUUCUGCUUCCCCGCAACUCCCUGUUGCGGCCGUCCUGGCCACCCUCCCCCUGGGACUCCCUCAGGAGACAAUUCUCUUCCAGGGGGCCUCUGAGACGAGGCUGCAAGAGGAGCUGCUUCUCGGCCCAGUGGGUCCCUCAGUGCUGUGCCAACCACUAUGGGCGUGACUGCCGGGCGUGCCCGGGAGGGCUGGAGGCACCGUGCAGCAACCGCGGCACCUGCGACGACAGAGUCGGCGGCUCGGGGACGUGCAACUGCAGCCAGGCCUUCGUGGGGACGAGCUGCGAGCUGUGCGCGCCCGGCAGGUACGGGCCCCACUGCCGAGAGUGUAACUGCACCGAGAACGGGGUCUGCAACGGAGGGCUGCAUGGAGACGGCUUCUGCUUCUGUGCAGAGGGCUGGACUGGAGACCGCUGCGAAACCAGACUGGUGCUGACACCCACCUGCUCUCCCCCGUGCCACCCGCAGGCCGUGUGCCGCGCCGGCAACCUGUGCGAGUGCAGCCUGCACUACGAGGGGGACGGCAGGACGUGCUCAGUGAUGGACAUGUGCGGGCAGGACAACGGCGGGUGCGCCGAGCAGGCGGAGUGCACGCAGCGCGGCGUCAGCGUGUCCUGCGCCUGUGCCGCGGGGUACCGAGGCGACGGACACGUCUGCGAGCCCAUAGACCGCUGCGCGGACGGCAGGAACGGCGACUGCAGCGAGCACGCCCGCUGCAUCAGCACCGGCCCCAACGAGCGGCGCUGCGAGUGCAAGCGGGGCUACGUCGGGGACGGGCUGCAGUGCCUGGAGGAGGCUGUGCCCCCUAUGGACCGCUGUCUGCAGAGCAACGGGCAGUGCCACCGGGAGGCUGUGUGCACCGACCUGCACUUCCACGAUAAGACCAUGGGCGUCUUUCACCUGCAGUCACCCCGCAGAAAGUACGACUUCACCUACGAGGAGGCUCGGGCAGCGUGUGCGGCCGAAGGCGCGUCCCUGGCCACCUUCCGGCAGCUCUCUGCGGCACAACAGAUGGGGUUCCACCUGUGCCUGGUGGGCUGGCUGGACAAUGGCACCGCAGGAUACCCCACGGCCUACCCCAACCCCAGCUGUGGGGCGAACCGAGUGGGCAUCGUGGACUACGGCUCCCGAAGCAACCUGAGCGAGACCUGGGAUGCCUUCUGCUACAGGGAGAAGGAUCUGACUUGCACCUGCCGUGAUGGGUUCGUGGGAGAUGGGUACUGGUGCAGUGGCAAACUGCCCGAGGUGCUGGCAGACCACGCUCGCUUCUCCACCUUCUAUUCUAUGUUGCUGAAUUUUGCCAACGACACAGAAGAAGGAAUGGAUUUUUUCACCUAUUUGUCUGAUGACUCUGCUCCCAAAACUCUCUUUGUCCCUCUGAAUUCUGGCUUCACAGACAAUAAAACACUGACAGGGGAAGAACUAAAGCUCCAUGUGUCAUCCAGCAACAUUGUCCUCUUCAGCUACAACCUCACAACGGGCACCAUCAUCCCCUCCCAGUCAGGAUACGACCUCCAUGUAUCAGACCUUCCAGUGGGCAACAGUACAGAGCACUCAGACGCCAAGGGGAUCAAUGACACGAUGAUUGUGGAGUGGGACAUCGUGGCUUUCAACGGCAUCAUUCACGCGCUUGCAGAGCCGCUGAGGAUCCCAGCGCCCACCGUCCACCUCAGCCAGGUGAACAGCGCGGCGCAGGCGCCGGGCUCAGUGGCCACAGGGACGCUGUCGGCGCUGUGCUUCGCGCUGGUGCUGGCUGCUGCUGCCGGCAUCGCCUACUACUGCCAGAAGAGACGGCGGGAGGGACAGUUCGGGUACUUCCAGGCCGACCUGCGCGCGGACGAGGCUGACGAGGAGGAGGAGGCUGCGGCGCAGUGCGGCGCCAGGCCCCGCGCCCCGCGGCCGCUGGUCGCCAUCCCCAACCCGCUGUACGGGGCACACGCGCCCGACUACGAGCCGCUGCAGGACUCGCCGCUGGCGGAGCCCGGCGCCGCCUCGCACGGCCGCCCGCACUGACCCGGCCCGCCGCGGCCCCGCGGGCACGGAACGAAGGAGCCCGGCCACUGCGGCCCCGCGCGGCGCGGCCCCGCGCCGUCACCC